AUGCUUGUCCCACCUGCUAAUUUUGGUAUCGUUGAAGAAGGAAUAUAUAGGUGUUCUAAAAUUGAAACAUUAAAUUUAUCAUUUUUGGAAACACUAAAUUUGAAAACCCUUAUAUUUUUAAGUGAACAAGAGCCUUCAAAAUUUUUUAAAGAGUUUUUCAAAAGUUGGAAGAUUGAAUGGAUCGUAAUAAAUAACAACAACACUCAAAUAAGUCCUAUACCGGAGAAUCCAAUAAUUUCCGCCAUAAACAAUAAUUCAUUUUCAAAGGAGGAUAAUGAACCUGAUACUGCUGAUGAGGCCAUAACUGAAACUAACUCAGGUAAUGACAAAAAAAAUAAAAACAAUACUUCUAAAAUUGCGAGCAGUAGUAAGGAAAAGGAAACUGAGUCCAAGAUACUUUCUGACUACGUUAGAAAUUACUAUUACAGUGAAGAAUUCAUGUUAAUUAAGCCCAAUUGCUUGCAGAAAAUAAUAUAUUUAUUGUUAGACACUAAUAACUACAACACUUUGUUAGUCGAUAAAACAUCCAUUAUAGUAGGACUAAUUAGAAAGCUUUCAAGAUGGAAUAUCUCAUCGAUCAUAAACGAAUAUAGAUUAUUUACUGGGAAAAAUAGCAAUUAUUACUCUGAAAUAUUUUUAGAACUAGUUCAGAUUAAUAUUACUCAGAACGUAGAAGAGGAUAAACAGGAUGUAGUGAAUAAAAGAAAGGAUUUAGAAGGCAAACCUACUAUUAAAAGUAACACAGGUAGCAAUUAUAUCAGCAGUACUGUUCACAAUGGUAAUGAACGCAAUUAUAAUAGAAAGAAACAUAACAGUAGAAAUAACAGACCUACGAAAAAAAAAGUGGAAAGGAUUAAGUUAACUGAUCAGGAUUUAAUGAAACCACCACAAGUACCCGAAACUUUUUUGUUAACGUUAAUUAACAAUAUUGAACAACAUGAAUUUCAAGAAAAAGUACCGAAAAAUGCUGUUGACGAAAAGACAAAUACUGCCAGACCAAAAAGCUCAGGUAGAAGUACUCUUUUGUCACCAUCUGCCUUCAAUCCUUCUUCUAUUACUGGUGGUAGCAAAAAUAAAAAAAUGCCCACGGAGCUAAUAAACAGCGAUACUUACAGACUAAAACCGAAUAAAAAUAAGAAAACUGACUAUGAAUAUUAUAAAAGUUGUUGCACUAACAUAGGACCACUGAUAGAAUUGCGGAUCCCGAAAGAAAAAUAUCUUCCCCUAUGGUUUAAAACCCAAAGAGACACUUGGGAAAAAGAAAACACUCAGGAUUUUUUUACGGAAAGUAUAUACGGUUAA